UUCCAUGUAACGUCACAUACUAAAUUUUCACCAACAUAUACAUUUUCACAUAUCCCCUCUCUCACUUUGUUUUAAAAACAGAAACAAUAUGGUGUUGCUUGUGUGGUGGAGUAUUAUACUACUAGUGGUGGUCAGUGGUGGCGCUAACGUGGUGGUGGAGGGAGCAAAUGUGAGUUAUGACGGGCGAUCGCUUAUCAUAGAUGGGCAUCGCAAGCUUUUGUUUUCAGGCUCGAUUCAUUAUCCUCGAAGCACACCUGAUAUGUGGCCAUCUUUGAUAGCUAAAGCCAAGCAAGGUGGUCUAGAUGUUAUACAAACCUAUGUAUUUUGGAACCUCCAUGAGCCACAACCUGGCAAGUAUGAUUUUACUGGAAGAAAUGACAUUGUAAGUUUCAUCAAGCAAGUCCAACAACAAGGUCUUUAUGUGUGUCUUCGAAUCGGCCCCUUCAUUGAGGCUGAAUGGACUUACGGAGGUUUGCCAUUUUGGUUGCAUGAUGUUCCUGGCAUUGUCUUCCGAAGCAACAAUCGACAAUUUAAGCUUCAUAUGAAAAACUUCACAACUAAAAUCGUGAACAUGAUGAAGGCAGAGAAUUUGUUUAAUUCACAAGGAGGCCCUAUUAUUUUAUCACAGAUAGAGAAUGAGUACCAAAUGGUCGAAGGAGCUUAUCAUGAGGACGGAACACGAUACCUUAAGUGGACCGCACAAAUGGCUGUUGACCAAAACACGAGUGAACCAUGGAUCAUGUGCAAGCAAGACAACGCCCCUGGUCCAAUGAUUAACACAUGCAAUGGAAUGAGAUGUGCUGAGACAUGGAAAGGACCAAACUCGCCAAAUAAGCCUUCCAUGUGGACUGAAAAUUGGACUUCUUUCUUACAACCAUAUGGAGAAGGUCCCCAAAUGAGAUCAGCCCAAGAUUUGGCUUUUCAUACAACACUUUUCAUUGUAAAGAUGAAUGGAAGCUUUGUAAACUACUAUAUGUACCACGGUGGAACAAAUUUUGGACGAACGUCCGCAUCAUUCAUUAUAACAGGAUAUUAUGAUCAAGCUCCUCUUGAUGAAUAUGGCAUGAUCAGACAACCAAAGUAUGGGCAUCUUAAGCAUAUGCAUGCAGCAUUGAAGCUAUGUUCCCAUGCCUUACUCUACGGAGAGUUAACCACUCAACACUUGGGUAUUAAUCAAGAAGCAUAUGUAUACACGGGGAAUUUGAGCGAAUGUGCAGCGUUUCUUCUCAAUAACGGUAGUAAAAAAAGUGUUCAAGUCGUAUUUCGCAAUUCUACAUAUAGUUUGCCACCAAAGUCGAUCAGCAUCUUACCCGACUGUAAAAAUGUUGUUUUCAAUACUGCCAUGGUAAGCACACAAGUUAAUACACGAUCAAUGCAACCGAUUAUAAGGUUCAACACACCUCAACAAUGGGAGGUCUUUAGUGAAGCUGUCCCCCAAUUUGACCAGACCUCAUUGAGGUCGAAUACAUUGCUAGAACAAAUGAAUACAACAAAAGAUGAUUCAGAUUAUUUGUGGUACAUAAUGAGUAUCAAGAAAAAGUCGCUAGAAGCUCAAUAUAUGCUUGAAGCGAACUCUCGUGGACAUGUUUUACGUGCAUAUGUUAAUGGAGCUCUUGUGGGUUCUACACAUGGAACUCGUAAAGUUCCAAACAUUACAUUGAAAGACACCAUUUCAUUGUCAACAGGAAUCAACAACAUUUCUUUCUUGAAUAUAAUGGUUGGGCUGCCGGACUCAGGACCACAUAUGGAGCGUAAACAUUCAGGGUUAAGAGAGGUGCUGAUUCAGGGGGUCAACUUCACAAGCCACUUAUGGGGAUAUCAAGUCGGAUUACUCGGGGAGAAGCUAUCGGUUUACACCGCUGAAGGGUCUAGUAAUGUCUCAUGGAACCAGUAUGAAACCCCUAAUAUGCUAACAUGGUAUAAGACAACUUUUGACAUGCCUGAAGGUGACAGCCCGAUUGUGCUAAACCUUGGUUCGAUGGGGAAAGGAGAAGCUUGGAUCAAUGGGCAAAGUAUUGGAAGAUAUUGGGUCUCCUUUAAGACUCCUUCAGGAUCUCCUUCACAAACAUGGUACAAUGUACCGCGAUAUUUCCUUAAACCAACGGGAAACCUGUUGGUUUUGUUUGAGGAAGAGUAUGGAAACCCACUAAAUAUUUCACUAGAUUCAGUUUCAGUCAACAAAGUUUGUGGGCGUGUAACGGAUUUACAUCCUCCUAUGAUAAAUUCAUGGGGAGUACGUGGUCACUUUCAUUGGAGACCAUGGCCUAGAGUUCAUCUAAGAUGUCCUAAAAAACGAAUCAUUUCCAAGAUUGUGUUUGCAAGUCAUGGUAACCCUUCAGGCGAUUGCGGAAGCUAUUCCAUUGGCAAUUGUCAUUCAUCAAAUUCUAAACAAAUCGUUGAAAAGGCUUGUUUAGGGAGAAGGCAGUGUUCGAUUUCUCAUACAAUAGAAAAUUUUGGCGGAGACCCGUGUCCUGGAACACCUAAGACACUUUUAGUGGACGCGCGAUGCGAAUAAGAAUAAAGUUUUCUUCAUUUGCACACAAAAGGGGAACUUAAAAAGCAAACGUACUCAAAUUUACUUGUUGUGACAUAUGUUCAUUUUAUUGUACAUUGAUAGCAAGUUCAAAAGUUCAAUAACAAAGUAUCCAAGAAGUUGCAAUUAGAAG